AUGGCCGUAAUUGGUCCGAAAUCGGUGCUCGAGAUAGAGCGAAUGAGGCAACUGCAAAGACAGAGGCUGAAACAGCUGGCAGAAUGCGACGAGAUAGUCUCCUCGGAAACUGUGAACGCAAUCGGCCGUGUGACAGACGUGGUCCGGGCGGCGGACGACAACGCGCCGAGCAGCGACGAGCUCGACGAGGACCUCGAGGAGCAGUACAAAGACCUAAAUUUGUAUCUCGACUUGCCGAACGACACGUACUCCCUCACCGCGAUCAGACCGGAGCUUCCAACCUGUGUCAGAUACGGCGUGCGCUCUGGAAUGACGCACAUUAACAUGCCAAAGUUCUCGCCGUUGUCCAGGGGUCAUCAAGGUGGCGCAACGGCGAUCACGGCGUUCGCGACGACGACAAUUUACAAGUCUCGUUGUUGGAACGAGGCGGUGAUCGAUCAAAUCAUCGAAGAUGGGGACACGUUCUACUGCGAGUCGUACAAAGACAUAAACACGGACGAUCGGCGACUGCUGUCGAUCCUCGACUUGAAGAGGACGCUGGUGGUGCAGGGCAAGCUGAUGGUGAACGUGAGCAUCGAGGAUGCCGCCUACGCCGGGAAAUUUCGUUCGACGGAAGUGACGGAGCUGCACUUGGUGAAAGCGUUGGACUUGUUCUUCAAGCGGCACGACGCCGGGAUCCUGUCGUCGCCCGUGUUGAACGUGGCGAUCUGGAAGGACGCGAAGUAUUAUAACCUGUUCGACGGCCAACCGAGGAAGGAGAACUGCGAGCCAGCCGCGGACGGUGCCAGCGGAACAGCCAAAUUGUUCCUGGUGAAGGACCAGAUCGGUCUUCUCUUCAUCAUCCUCGAGAAGAGCAACGUGAAGAACGAGCCUUUCGUCCUGUACGCGAUAACGAUCAGCGGCGUGGAUCACUAUACCCAGCCGAUAGACGCUGAGAAGCUCGAGAAGGCCAAUCACAUCCAGAGGCGACCGAGCGGUUACAAGAUGCACGAGAAGUAUCGAGCGGUGGUCCAAGGCUCUUAUCACGUCACCCAUCCCGCGAUACCAGCCCCGCUUCGCAAUCGAACAUUCCUGAUCAUAGCUCUGGCAGCUCUGGUCUACUCGCGGCUGGUGAACGCCAACAAAUGGACCAGGGCACUGAUCGAUCUGAUCUUCAACCAGUCCAACAUAUACUUCGUCGACCUGGUCCGCGCCCUCGACAAGGACUUGAAGGACGAGGAGUUCGAGCUUCGUUUGGACGACAUCAUGGGCGACGUUAUCCUCGGCGCGUACUCCGCGAAGGUGAAGAUUCGAACGAACGUGGUGCCCGGUUACGGGCAGAAGAAGGGAAAACUCGCGAUCGACGACGGUAUACGCGAGUUCUUUCAAACUCAGCUGACCGGUCUGCUCGAGAUCAAGAAUCUCUUCUACGCGAUCUGGAGGCACGACGACACGUACUACUUCAUGGAUCCUUUCGCUUGCGACGAGGAAGGUUUCAGAAGCGGCACCGCCGAGAUAGACGGUUCGGCGGUACCCGGCGAGGCUGCCUGCGUGACGAUGAACAGCUCGAUCAACCAAGUGGUGGAGACCAUCAUGGAGAACACGGGCAGCAGGGACAGAGAUCCUUUCGUCAUCCACGGGGUUCGCGUUCUGUACGUGAAGACCGGGAUCGCGCCGGGCGGUCCUUUGGAGAAAGUGAUCUAUCGUGAGAAAGGGACGAACCGCAGGCCACAGGCGCCGCCAACGCCGAUGAUGAAGGACAGCGUGAUGAAGUUCGACGAAAUGGUCGACACGAGGCCGAGAGUGAGACCGGACGUGAAUAGAACGAGGAACGCGCACGUGCAGGUGCCAGAUCUGUUGAAAUACGCGGAGUAUUACAUGAGGAUGGACGACGAGCCAAUGACUUAUGUGAUCGUGCCGCCUGAAGCGAGAAAAGAGCCGGAGGAAGAACUUGGCGAAGAGGAGGAGGAGGAAGAAGACUUGGAGAGACUGCGAGCGGAAGCUGGCGAUGUCACGGAGGAAGAGGAGGAGGAGGAGGAGGAGGAAGAGAGACCUCCGGAACAAGAGGAAGAGGCAGAGCCGGUCGAAGAACCGGUCGUGAGGGUGAUCAAGGGUUACAAGGUGAUAAAUCCUAACCGUUUGGUCCUCCAGGGAUCGAAGAACUGUCUGGACGAAAGUUUUGACGAGUGGUCGAGAGGGAGGCAAGGAUUGAUAGCGGCUCUCGCUGCCUUGGCCUACAGGAGAUUAAAAGAGCCAACCAAGUGGCGAAAUAUGGACGUCGAUCAACUGAUCGACGUGAGCAACAAGAUUUUCGGCGAGGUUGUAGACUGGAUCCGAAAGGGACGUCCGAAGAUAAAGGAAAAAAUGGAGGAAAUCGCCGGGGAAGUGGAGGAAGAGGAGGAGGAGGAGGAGGAAGAGGAGAUGGAGGGAGAAGUCGAGGAGAAAUUGUUACCUAGACCGAGUCACUUGGACAUGACGAUGUUGCCCAUUCGUUUGAAGAUGGGCGAGAACGACGUGUUCUUCAAGACGAAGAUGAAGAUAAUCGAGGGUGAAGCGAGCCCCCUGGCGAAUCUUGCAGAGGCUCUCGAGUGUUACUUCAAUCGAUACCCGGAACUAGUUCUGGAGAACAAACGGCUGAUGUACGGUGUUUGGAAGGAUGGCGCCAACUUCCACGUGUUCAAUCCUUACGGGAGCGACGAAGAGGGUUGGCGUUUGCGUGACUAUCCGGCUUCGUUCGCGGUGGUAGGCAGUUUGAACGAAUUAACCGAUCUUCUUUACGGCGUGCUGGAGUUCAACGAUCCUUCGUUCGUGAUUCACUUCGUGGGGCUGGACUCGAUACAACCAGGCCUGUACACUGCCGUCGAUGAUGUAACAGUGCCGCACGACGCCGCGAUCGAGCUGUUCAAAACGAGAUUCUUGCCGAUCACGGACGACGACGUUCAAAGAUUAGAGGCGGAAUUGAAAGCGGCAGAGGUGGUCGAGGAAGUGCCGGAGAUUGUAGACGUAGAUGUCAUGGGCGAAGAAGAAGAGGAGGAAGAGGAAGAGGAAGAAGGUAGGAGGCCCGUGAAGAAGUUGCACGAGGUGGUGGAGAAGCCUCUGGUCGAUCCAUUGCUGGAGACUCGAGAGCAAGAUCAGCCGGACGCGCCCUACCGAUUGAACCUAGUUUUACUGACAUCCAACGUGAAGGUUUUCGAGGAAAACGAGAAAACCAUCGAUCAGCUGCACGAACAGAGAGCUCUGGAGAAGCUAAAGUAUAAUCAUCCUCCUCCUUACGUCCUGCCAUCCAGCAAAACCCUGUUGAAGCUCAUAGAGGCGAAACGUGCCAAAAGAUCCAUCCCGUCUUUGGUAUCGAGGUUCUCCAUAGAUUCGAGAUUGGACGUAAAGAAAAAGGGCGGUAUUUCCGCGCUGUAUUUGGCCGGACCGACGAUCGUCAUGCCGACCGAGUACGACUCGACAUUUUCGAAAAUGAUCAAACUCUCCCCGAAGAAGUAUCUGUACUCCAGAAUUUUACCGAUCUGCCUGAUGCCUCUGAGAGCUAUCAACGACAUGUACAUACAAGACGAAGAUCUUACCAAGGCUUUGCGCGUGGAGGAUCUACGAAGAAUGGUGGAGGAGCGACGGAAGGCCAGAGAAUGUAUUCAACAGCCUGUGCCGGAAGUGCCUGUGGGAGUUCGCAUACGACCAACGUUGAUACCACUCGGCCCGAUCGUAAAAACUCCGACUCUCGAAAGGAAACCGAUCACCUGUGUCGAAAAGAAGAAACGUAAAUGCUUGUUGAGUAAAGCCGACGAAGGCGACGCUCUGACUGAGAAGAUCCUCUGCAACACGGAGGAUCUGUUGCUGGAACUGUUCUUCCCUGACUUUAAAGCGAAGGAUCAGCUUUUGGAACCGAAAGUUACCGACUCGAAGAUCUAUGAAUUCCAAAAGGCACCCGAAACGACGAUUAAGAGAAGCGGCGGUCAGAAGAAGAAACCGGUGCAGGAUGUUCGCGGUUUGAAACUUACGGAAGAUGGGAUCCGAAUACUUCACGGCAACAUGUCCUUCGAAAACCGCGCCGAGAUCGAGACCUGUCACUUCAAAUCUUGCUUCUUCACCGCUCUGCUGUGCAUUCUCGCGAAGAUCAAGCUCGAUCCGGAUCGUUUCAGCGGCAAGAUCCUCGAUCAACUCGUAUUCCUCGGCGACAAGAUCUACCAACAAACUGGCAAACUACGAUACAAACCCUACCGAUGGUUCCAUCACGUCGAGAUCCUCGACACGAUAUACAACGUGAUCACGAAACAGGUUGUCUACGCGGAUCCGAAGCUCAACGAAGACGACGAUCUGGAAUUUGUGCUGGACAAUUUCUUCGAGAAGAACAAAACGGGGAUCGUAGUGUUCGCGAAUUGUUCGUACGCCGUUUGGACAGCGAACGAUCGAUACUACCUGUACGAUCCUUAUCCCUGCGACGAGAGGGGGAACGCUGCAGAGGAAGGUUACUCCUGCCUCAUGGAAUUCUGCGACAUGAUAUCGAUGAUUAACAAGAUCGAAGCCAACAUCGGCGAGAACGUUAAGAAACCAUACCGAGUGUACACGAUAUGUAUAGCCCAUAUGGAGACGAGGAGGAGAGCGAGGAAAAGACGAAAGAAAAAGUGGGUUCGCUCUGUGGAGAAGCAGGUGGAGGAGGUUGGUGUGGAGAGACAGGUGGAGGAGCCAGGUUCUGGAAGGUUCCACGAGCUGGAACUGUCCAACGUGUCGGAGGCGUCUUUGAUCGAGUCGGCCGACUGGGUGAAACACGAGUCGAAGACCAGUCUCGCGUACGACAUGACGAUCCCUGGUUUCGCUCCCAUCAAACAUUACAACGCCUCGAUGUUCGACGUGACCGUUUUGGAGAACGAGAUCACCGCGCCGUUGUUGGCGCCCUUCAAAAUGUCUUCGAUAAGAGAAUCGGAGAAGAUGGACGACGAGAUGGAAGCGGUGAAGCUGUUGGUCAGGAAGAAGGUCUACGAGAGGAGGUUCAAGCCGCACACAGCGGUCAGCACGCCUUUGGAUCUUUGCGUCAUGGCCUGGUCGUUGAUCCACGAUCCGAUCACCUGGUCCGUUAGGGCGGUGAGAGGAUUGUUCGAGGCCAGCGUCGAUUACACUUUCGACAGCAUACUGGCCACGGAAGACUCGACGGUCGGUGAGAUGACCGAUGGUUUGUUGCCUGAAUUCGAGAUAGCCAAUUACACGUUUCGAGUGGUGUUCGUGCCUCUUCACUUCGGGGUUCUGUACGCUACCGAGGGUUGGAACCUCUCGAUGUCGUUGCAGAAGGUGUUCGACACGCCCAGUUACACCGGCGCGAUUCUGACCUGCGGCGAUUCUCACAUCGGUGUUUUGAAGAGGGAUGAAAACCACUUUGCCUGGUGGACAGUCAGACGGACGAAGAACCUGAGGAUCGUCACUUCUGUAGACAUGAAGGAGUUCCUGAAGUUGAUCGUUCAGGAGAUCGACCAACCCGAAGAGACAAUGUUCAUAAUGAGGGUGAUCACGGUUUCCUACGGCCAAAAAAUGGAUCCCGACUGCAGCGACACGAGAGGCCUUCACGAGCCAGUGGUGCCGACCACUUCGUUGCCAGAGAUCCACAGAAUUCCGGCUAAACCUUACGAUCUCGAGGCGAUCUUCAGGCCGACGGUGCCUGAAUCGAACAAACCGAUCUUCAUACAGGGAACGGUCGCUCUGAACAACAGAGACACGGUGACGGAGCCGAAAGUCAGGAGAUGUUACUUCGUUGCUGCUUUGGCGGUGAUGGUGAAGAGAGACAUCAUUCAAAGCCCUAUGCCGGGAAUGAUAGACAAAGUGAUCGAGGUUGCUGAAUCGGUUUACAGAGAAUUCCCGGAGCCCAAAUUCCAUACGGAGCACAUACUGCGCAACGUUACCGUGAUGAACAGAAUCUUUGAUUUCCGCGACCGGGCGUCCCCGUUGGUGACGCUCACGGUCAACCCACGAACAUUGAAAACCGAUUUUUACUGCCAGGUGAAAAAACACUUGAGAAAGUACUUCAAAACGGACACAAGUGGAAUCCUGCAUUUCACCAAUUGCUGUUACGGUUUCUGGUACUCGAAAGCCACGAACGCGUACUAUUACUUGGAUCCUUACCAGUGCAACGAGAAGGGGAGGAAAGUGUCGAACGGUGGGAAAGCUUGCCUGUGCAUUUUCCCGAGUGUCUGUCAAAUGGUAAAGAACAUGCACUUGAAUCAGUUCGAGGACACGUCUGGCUUCUUUAUUCAUCGUUUCCACGUCGAUUCGGUGAACGUGCCUCCGUUCAAGACGUUCAAGGAAGAUCCAAUGUGGUUGUACCUGGAUUAUCAUUGGAACUUCAGACACGCUCCGGACAUCGUGAAGUCAAACGCCAAGAGGAGGAAGCACACGGAUGAACCGGAGAAGGAGAAUGUCAAGCAAUUUUGGAACAAUUACGCGGUCGAGGUGUCCAAUCUUAUUUACUCCGUUUGGGGCACCAUUGGCUCGUACGAUUCCAGGUUCGGCGACCGAGCUGGCAAGAAUCAGGCAGCCAUUUGCGUGGCGGUUCUUGCCAUGCAGUACCUCAGCCACCCGUCGAGAUGGGGCCCGGCCAUCUUGGACUCGGCGGUGAUCUGCGGGGACUCUUAUUACACGGAGAGCCUGAGAAGCUCUGUCCAAAAGUCUGCCAAGCAUUUCAACAGGUUCAAUCUGCAAGUCUCGUUCAAGAUCUUCCCCCAUUUGUGGACCAUCGACUUUAGAGACGGCAUCUGCGGGAUUUUGUACGGUGCACGGAACAGACUGACACUCGCGAACGCGUUGGUGAGAUCGUUCGAGGAAUCGCCGAACGUUCUCAUCGAAUGCAACAAGGUGAUACUGGCGGCACUCGCGGCCAAGGACGGAUACUACGUGGCUGAUCCCUGCUGGGUUGGGCCACCCUUGUUCGACAAGGAUCACGGAGCGAUCUACGUUCUUCGUUGCAAAAACAUGAACACGCUGGUGUACGCGGUGAUCAAGAUGCUCAACACUAACCAGAGGCUCGACUUCCACUUGACACCGAUGGCGUUCACUUUCGAACAGGAGGACUUCAACUUCGUCGACGGGAAGACGCGAGGCGAGGCGAGGCGGAAGGUCCUGCAGGAGCCUGUUAGAACCAUGCCAGGGAAGGUGACGGAUCCGAGCGUGCCAAUACCCGGCGCUCAAGCCGUUCAGGACGAAGAUUCUUAUCUCGCGUAUCGCAAGAACCUCGAAACGGGGAUAAAGAAGGGCCACGAACUGGAGACUCCCGAGUUGCCAUGCGUGGAGCCAGUGUUGAAGAGGGACAAUGUGACGAGCAUGCUGGUCAGCACGACCUGGCAUUUGAAUCUGGGCCAGGCCGCACCUCUGGAGAAAUCUACGCCCGUGUUCGACCCACAGCUGAUCAAACACGUGCCGGAGGACUGCGAGGACCGGGUCGUUGGUUCGUUCGAGCCGACUCGCCACGUGCAAAUGUCCAUCAACGACCUGCUGGCAGCCUGCGACGAUUACCCGAGAGUGGUAGAUUUCACUGGCAAGCCUGUUGUACCACCGGUGAUGCCGCUCGAGUGCACCGCUGCACGCAGCUUCCUCACCGACGAUGCUCGUCGAGAGUUCCACGCUCGUACCGCGGACAUGGCGCAGGAUGUUUAUGAAACGUACAAGCACCGGCUUCCGAAAACGGUUAAGCAUCCACCGAUCGACGAUGGAAUGCCCGUCGAAGAUAUUCACCCUAUUACCGAGGAGGAGACGGAGGACGAAACGUUUACGGAAACGGAAGCAACUGAGACCGCCGAGGACGACUGA